AUGCAGAUAGAUAACUCAUAUCCGAUGUAUCGGAGGAGAAACAAUGGAAUAAAGGUGAACGUCCGGGGAAAUAUUCUUGAUAAUAGAUGGGUGGUCCCAUAUAAUCCAAAGUUGCUAAUGAUGUUUAACUGUCACAUCAAAGUUGAGGUUUGCUCAAGUAUAAUAUAUGUGAAGUAUGUGUUCAAAUAUGUUUACAAGGGUCAUAACAAACAGGUUAUUCAUGUCGAUCCUGAUACAGAAGAGGUCAUUGUCAACGAGAUAAAAAGAUUUCAAGAUGCACGAUAUGUUUCGCCACCUGAGGCAAUUUGGAGGAUUUUUAGCUUUCCACUUUCUCAAAUCCACCCUUAUGUGAUGGCUUUGCAGGUCCAUCUUCCGAAUAAGCAGCUGGUUAGGUUCAGAGAGAAUGAUAUAAUGGCAGAUAUCGUUGAUAGAGAGAGAGACAAGAGCUCAAUGUUGACCGCAUUUUUUGAGAGGAAUAAAACAGAUAUGAAUGCGAGACAAUAUUUAUACAAAGAUUUUCCGAAACAUUACACAUGGAAUGCCAGUUCACAUCUUUACACGGUUAAUGGCAUUAUACAUCCAACAUUUCGCAAAGCAGCACUUGAGAGAGGUUUAAUAGAGAUCGACGAUAAUUUAUCGCAUUGUCUUGUCGAUGCCUCCUUAUUUCAGUUUCCCAAUGCUCUUAGACGAUUAUUCGCGACGAUCUUGAUUUAUUGUGAGCCGGGAGAUGUUCGCAAGUUAUGGGAUGAACAUUAUGAUUCACUCUCUGAAGAUUAUAGACGAGACUACGAAAAUGUUGAGGGGGUCCGAAAUAUGGUUCUUACAGACAUCGCCGUCUUUUUACAAUCUAUGGGUAAGAACCUCGAUGAUUUUGAUCUUCCAAGUUUAAAUGCAGCUGUCAAUUUAGAAUCACGAGGAUUUCGUGAGGUACAAGAGGAGUACUCUAUAAUUGUGCAAGACGAAGACUUAAAUGGUCGAAACUCUCUAAAUUCCGACCAGAAACAUGCAUUUGAUGAGAUCAUGAUGCAUGUAGAUAAUGAUUGUCCAACUGUGUUUUUUGUAGAUGGACCGGGUGGAACUGGGAAAACAUUUUUGUAUAGAGCUUUGCUAGCUAAUGUUCGUUCCCGUGGACUUAUUGCUAUCGCAACCGCUUCAUCCGGUGCUACCGCUAAUAACAUGCCGGGGGGGAGAACAGCUCACUCUCGAUUCAAGAUUCCCCUUACUCUUAGUAAUAAUUCGGUGUGCAAUAUAAAAAAAACAAAGCAGAACUGCUCAACUGCUUCGAGUCGCAAAAAUAAUCAUCUGGGAUGA